AAGGAAUUUGUGGAAGCGGGGUGGUAUAUUACAUGGAGGUUUGAUGCGUGCUGAUUGCUGCAUUAGCUGAUCGCUAGGUGUGACUCAUAUAUGGGGGGAUGGAGCGACCGUAUUUCGUUUAAUUCUAGCACAAGAGUAUUAUAAAGCAAGUAUGUUCGGCACGAACACAAUCGUGAUGAAGGAAGGUAGCAUCAAGUUACAAUGAACUGGAUAUAAAAUUUAGUUCACGAUAUGCCUACCUACCUCAUCACCGGUGCGACUGGCCAACAGGGCCGUGCCACGAUCGAUGCCCUCCUCGCACGAGGCGCAAAGGUGCACGCUGUUGUCCGAGAUCCGAUGAAAGCAGCUUCUCUCGAGUUGGUAGCUCUGGGCGCCACUCUCUUCAAAGGGGACAAUGACGAUUUCGACGUAUUUCGUAAGGCGGCUCAGGGAUGUGCUGGUAUCUUCUUGAAUGUCAUGGAGCGGCCACAGAAUCCGGAACCAGAGAAGCAGGUAGAGGGAAUCCUCGUGGCGUGUAAAGAUGCGGGCCUCCAGCACGUAGUAGUGUCGACUUCGAGCUGGGCUGGUAACCGAGAGAAGUGGGAUAUUCCGGAGACCAAGACUGGGAGCAUAUUUGCCUUCAAUGAAGGUGAAGAGCUCAUUGAAGACGCUGUACGACGUUCCGGGCUUCAGUAUUACACCAUUCUUCGACCCUCGUGGUUCCAUUCAAACUACCUAGUCCCAGCAAUAGAUUCAUUCUAUCCUGAGCUUCGGGAGUCAGGCACACUUGUACAUUCAUACGAUCCGGGGGCUACAUUUCCCCACAUCAAUGUGGAAGACAUCGGCAAGUUUGCAGCCAUGGCACUAUCAGACCCGGCCAGAUUCAACGGUCAAGAAAUCGAGCUGUCCUCAGAGAACCUUGGUAUUGAAGCAGUGGCGGAAGCGAUUGGGAAAAUAACAGGAAAGCAGCCUACUAUUAGAAGAGCAACGGCCGAAGAGCCCGGGAAACCAUCUCACAUCACACAAUGGCAGAUCUGGGCAAACUCUGUGGACCUCAGAGUCGAUACUGAAAGCUUGAAGCGACAAUUUGAAUUUCGAUUUACCACUCUUGAGGAAUAUCUGGUGCAAGAGAAGGAACAACGAGGGCUAGAGUACUUUUAGUAGAAUCGCACUGGGGGUCUUAUUUGAGGCAAGUUAUUGGAGUAGCACUGAGUUGUGUUAAUUUGUAGGGUCCGUGACUGCGCUCAGAGAUCGAUGAGGUUGCUAGGAAUUAAUGUUUAUCAGUGCCAAGUAGCGCCGAGACAACCACAAGCUUGAGAUACACAUGUAAAUUAUGACAAAAGAAGAUGAUGUAAGACCGAAUGUGAAGAGGGUGAAAUCUGUACAUGAAAGACAUACCUUGGUUUGACCGGUAUCAUUAAUGUCGGCAUUGUGUAACGGAGUCACAAUUUACGUUGAUGAGACCAUGGACACUUGUCAG